CUAAGACAGAAACAGCACUGAACUGUGCAGAUGCCAUGAGGUCCAACAUGAUAAUGCUUUUUCCACUGUUGCUGCUAAUCUGUUCUCUCUCUACAGUUCAAUCUGAAAUAAAGCCUGACAGCAAAAUUACUCCACUUUUAAAUCAGGGAAGGGAACCAGCACAAGACUCUGACCUCCAACAAACCUGUACACCUGACAUCAAUUCUGUCCUGAGAGAGAUGAGUGCCUCGUUGGCUGAAGUGAAGGUGGAGAUGAGACACUUACAGAAAGCGAAUGAAGCACAUACAGCUAAGGUGAACGAACUGGAGUUGCUGAAGGCUGAACUGGAUAAGCUGAAGCAAGAGAACCAAGCACAGAAAGGAGAACUGAUUACCAUUAAAAGUAGGGCAGAGAUCACAGAAAACCAGGUGACGACCCUGAAGAGAGACGGAGAAGUGAAGCGAGGGGCUUUCUCAGCCUCUCUUUUAGGCACAGAAUCAAAAAAUAUUGGACCAUUUAACACACACACGCCUCUGGUCUACAAACAUGUUGUCACAAAUAUAGGAAACGCCUAUAAUCCACAUACAGGUUCUUUCACUGCACCAGUAAGAGGAGCCUACCACUUUGAAUUCUACGUGUAUGGACAUCACUCACAUCCUGCAGGCGCCGUGUUGGUCAAGAAUGGAGAACAUAUUUUUAUCGCAUAUGAACAUUCCACCUCUCCCAAUGCUGUCAGUUCUUCCAAUGGUGUCACGUUGCUAUUAGAGGUCGGAGAUGUUGUGUUUUUGAAACUGUGGGUUAACGCCUGGAUUUUUGACAAUGAAAAUCAGCAUAGCACCUUCAGUGGCCACCUGCUUUUCACCAUGUGAGGAGAAAACAGCCUCUGGUAGCUGUGCACAUACGCUUCACCUCCGUAUUAGUCACGCUGCAGUUUUAUUAGAUAUGAAGCUGACACACUAUAAACCAAUUUUUUAUUUUCCAUGUUUUCCCGAACUUGCAUCAAAAUGCACAGCAACAAAGAGUGAUGGAUUUUUGUGUGUCUGCAGAAAUUCAUUACAAAAUUGUACAUGUGAAAUUAAAAAUAAAUGCCCCGAUGAUUUAUUUA